CGCCCCAGGAUCAGCGCGAUUCCAGACCCGUGGCACCAUGACGGCUCUGGUAGCUCUGCUGGCUCUGCUCCUCCUGGGGGCCCAGGCCCAGCACGGGUCUGAGUGGACCUACUCAGAGGGGACGCUGGAUGAACUGCAUUGGCCAAGGGAGUACCCCACCUGCGGCGCGAGGAGACAGUCCCCCAUCAACCUGCAGAGGAGAAAAGUUCAUUACAACUCCUCCCUGACGGCUCUGAACCUGACAGGCUACGGGGUCCAGGCAGACGAGUUCCACAUGAUCAACAACGGCCACACAGUGCAGAUCAGCCUGCCCCCGACCAUGCGCCUGACGGCCCCAGACGGCACCCAGUACACAGCAGAGCAGAUGCAUUUCCACUGGGGUGGAGCGUCCUCAGAGAUCAGUGGCUCCGAGCACACCAUCGACGGCAUCCGAUUUGUGGCGGAGAUUCACAUUGUUCACUACAAUUCUAAAUACGAGAGCUACGACAGAGCGCAGAGUGAACCAGACGGCUUGGCUGUGCUGGCAGCCCUCAUUGAGGUCAAGGAUCACGGUGAAAACACUUACUACAGCAACUUCAUUGCCCACCUGAACAACAUCCGGCAUCCAGGACAAAGCACGGUUCUGAGUGGCGUUGACAUUCUGGACAUGCUCCCCGAGGACGUCCAGCACUACUACAGCUACAGGGGGUCGCUCACCACUCCUCCCUGCACUGAGAACGUCCACUGGUUUGUGCUGGUCCAUCACGUGCCGCUCUCCAGCACACAGAUUUGGAAGCUAGAGAAUUCCAUAGUGGAUCACCACAACAAGACCCUCCACAAUCACUACCGGAGGACCCAGCCCCUGAACAACAGAGUGGUGGAAACCAACCUCAUGAAUUUCCCCCACCUACCGUAUAAUCUAGGUCCCGAGUUCCAGCUUUACAUAAAUAAGCUUGACAAUAAGCUCGAAUACUUGAGAAGACUUAUUGAAAAGAGGAACAACAACGAGAAAUCCUAG